ACUUGCAAUCAUCUCUAUUCCUGGGAAGAGUGGUAGUGUGGAGGGCCUCCUAUGUGGGUGGCUGCAGCAGCAGCAACAGCGGUGAGAACUCGCCUCUGAUGAAGUUCAAGUAAAACUAGACUCCAAUCUAUGACCCUGAGGGCUUCAGGAAGCAGUCUAUUUCUCUGCACUUCCAGAAAAAACAGGAGGAAGAGGUGCUGCUGGUACCUGCCAAGAUGUUCCAUUUGCAGAACCCACAGGUGCUACAGAUGCUUGAAAAGUCCUUGAUAAAGAGCCUCCCUGAAUCCUUAAAGGUUUAUGGGACCGUCUUCCACAUGAACCAGGGAAAUCCCUUCAAGCUAAAGGCCCUGGUGGAUAAAUGGCCUGAUUUUAAUACAGUGGUUAUCCGCCCUCAGGAGCAGGAGAUGACAGACGACUUUGAUCACUAUAUCAACACCUACCAAAUCUAUUCUAAAGACCCCAAGAACUGUCAAGAAUUCCUUGGCAUAUCAGAUGUCAUCAAUUGGAAACAACAUUUACAGAUCCAAAGUUCACAGUCCAGCCUGGAUGAGGUGAUACAAAGUCUUGCAUCUGCAAAAUUGGUCCAGGUGAAGAGAGCACAAUGCCUUCUCUAUAUAAUGCCUAAGACAGCAAAGAAACUAAUUCCACUCCUACUGCAGGAGUUAGAUCAUAAACCUGGCAGACCCAAGGCCAUCAAUCGAGAUAUGUUUAAACACUCAUCCCUGGAUGUUACCCACGCUGCCUUGGUGAAUAAAUUCUGGCAUUUUGGAGGCAACGAGAGAGGCCAGAGAUUCAUUGAGCGUUGCAUCCAGACCUUCCCCAACUUCUGUCUGCUGGGGCCAGAGGGGACCCCUGUGUCUUGGUCCCUGAUGGACCAGUCUGGGGAGGUGCGGAUGGGGGCCACCGUGCCUGAGUAUCGAGGUCAGGGUCUGAGCUCCUAUGCUCUCUAUACCCACAUCCAGGCUUUGGACAAACUUGGCUUUCCCACAUAUAACCAUACGGACAAAGCCAACAAAAUCAUACAAAAAAUGAGCCACACUCUAGGUCAUAUCCUACUGCCCUGUAGCUGGAACCAGUGGCACUGUGUGCCUCUGUGAAGCUGGUUCUGAGCACAAGACAGGGCUGGAUGGGCUGUGUAUAUGACUAGAGGAGUGGACAGUGGGCAAAAAGAAAAUAAAUUUUAAUCGGUGUUCAUGAAUUGAAUGAUGUUUGGGCUCUCUGGAAACAGUGUGAAUGGGCAUGAGGACCGCCACGGUCCCAGAGAGUAAAUUCCUUUUUUGGUUUAGUACACCUGGCAUGGCCAUCUUCCUGUAGUGCCUCCUGGCCUUGUUCAAUGUCCUAUACUUCUGGGUCUCAGUGACACAUUUUGUUUAGCUACAUGCUACCCUUUGCUCUUCUCCUGGAACAUUAUUUCACACGUGGGCAGAUCUUGCCAGUUUUGCUGAGACUUGGUGGUAUCAUGUAGGGAGUAAAA